CACAAAUUCGUUUUUACGAAACAUAAACAGAAAAUGAACUACUUCGAAUAUGGAUGAGGCUGUCGUGUCUAAUUUCACGCUUUAAAACCUAUCCCCAUUUUCCCGACGACUUCGACGAUUCAAUGUUGAUGGUUUCGCGCUUCAAACCCAUAAAAUGCCGACGAAUUUCUUACUCUGAGUGCUCAGUUCGUCGGAAUUAGUUAGGGUCCAAUGGCGAAAUUGGGAGGAUUCUCUUCCAAUGGCGUAUUCAUCUCUUCGCUCCCGAUGAUCACAUCCGCGAGGAAAUUCUGUCUGCUACCGCAAGCUACUGGUCCUUCAAAAACUCAAAGGAUAAUGGAGAGUAUACCUGCAGCUGAGGAAGCAGGUGGCGCCGGCGGUGCCUACUCUUACAAUGCUUUGAAACGACUGGAUAGCCUCUGGUCCACCAUUUGUAAUGAUUCGGGUGUGAAUUUCUGUCUGGUAACAAUUUCAGCUGUCCAGGAACCAAAAAAAAUGGUGUCCAAUGUUUCGGGUUUAUUUCGCGAAUCUGAGCAAGCAGAAAAGUGCAUAGACAUGUUUGAUGUUGUAGUAUGCGGCGGAACAUUAGGAAUUUUCAUUGCUACAGCAUUGAGUUCAAAAGGGCUGCGAGUUGGGAUUGUAGAGAAGAGUAUCUUGAGAGGGAGAGAACAGGAGUGGAACAUAUCGAGGAAAGAGCUUUUGGAGCUAGUCGACGUUGGAGUUCUUACAGAAGACGAUAUCUAUCACAUUACAGCAAACAGCUUCAAUCCUAAUAGAUGUGGAUUUGAAGGGAAGGGUGACAUUUGGGUGAACGACAUUCUCAAUCUUGGAAUUUCGCCUGCGAAACUUAUCGAAAUAAUGAGAGAUCGUUUCACUUGUAUUGGCGGCAUUAUCUUCGAGGGUUGCAUCGUAUCACAUGUAACAAUUUUUGAGGAUGCAGCUGUAUUAGAACUAGCGGACGGGAAGAUUUUGUCGGCGAGUCUCAUCAUCGAUGCAAUGGGAAACUUUUCUCCCAUUGUAAGACAAAUUAGAAAUGGAAAGAAACCAGAUGGUGUUUGCCUCGUCGUUGGAUCGUGUUGCCGGGGCUUUGAACAGAAUUCGACUAGUGACGUAAUUUAUAGUAGCGCUUCGGUGAAGAAGGUCGGACGAUCGGAAGCACAGUAUUUCUGGGAGGCCUUCCCGGCUGGCUCGGGUCCUCUCGAGCGAACUACAUAUAUGUUUACCUAUCUUUACCCCGAACCCGGGUGUCCCCUUUUAGAAGAGCUACUCGAAGACUAUUGGGAGUUAAUGCCGAAGUAUCAGGGCGUGUCGCUUGAAGAUCUGGAGGUCCUGAGAGUAAUAUUCGGCAUCUUUCCUACUUACCGCGAUGGUCCGUUGCCGGCAGCCUUUGAUCGCGUCCUACAGUUUGGUGAUGCCAGCAGCAUCCAGUCGCCGGUUUCCUUCGGUGGUUUUGGGAGCCUGACGAGACACCUCGGGAGAUUGUCAUCCGGCAUUCAUGAAGCAUUCGAUAAUGAUUUUCUGGAUGCGCAGAGCUUAUCGUUGUUGAACCCGUACAUGCCCAACUUAAGCGCUUCGUGGCUGUUCCAACGAGCAAUGUCAGGCAAAAGCCAGUCCGGCGUUUCGCCUACAUUCGUAAACGAACUUCUAUACGCCAAUUUUAAGAGCAUGGAGAAACUCGGCGAUCCGAUUCUCAGACCUUUUCUUCAGGAUGUGAUACAAUUUGGUCCUCUUGUGAAGACAUUAGGACUAGUGAUGAUAUCGCAACCUCUAAUCAUCCCGUCGAUAUUCAAGAAGGUUGGCCUCCCCGUUUUGAUCGAAUGGUCGGGACAUUUUGUGAUGCUCGGGAUUUACACGUUUCUUUCUUCUUACAUCGAUCCCCUUAUUAGGCCAUUGUUGAAGACAUUGCCGGCGAAGGAGCGAUACGAAUGGAGGCGGAAGCUCGAGGCGUGGACGUACGGAUCUGGUCUCGACUAUAAACUUUGAUCCGAGGUAUAUUCAGCUUCAACGUUGUUAGAUUUGUGUUCAAGACGAAGCUGUAAUGAAAGUGUGAAGAUGUCUGAAUUAUGCAUACGUUAAUUAUACUCAGGUGUCUUUGAUUGGGAGAUUCGAUUUUUGGAUUGAGAUUUGAAUAGUAAAAUUUUUGAAUGUAAAUAGUUGUAUGAUGUGAUAUAAAUAGGUGUUAGACAUGAUGUAAUGAAAAAUAUGUAUUUUAUUUGAUGUUUUGGAGAAAAAUUGAAUAAACAGUAAAGUUUGAAGAAAAUUUCGGAAACA